GGAGGGGGCGAAGCACCGUCAACCUGUUGUUUGUCCCGUCCCCAUUUAUCAAGUCGGCGGCACAAGGAAGUGCGGCACGCACACGCGCCGGGAAAGUUCAGCAUGCAGGAAGUUUGGAGCGAGCUCGGCGUGUAGCAGAGCAGCCCCGGGACGAGCGCACGGCGGCGGCGGGCCAGCAGCGGACCCGCGUGUUUUCCUUCCAUCCACGCGGUACCCGGCUCGCUCAUCCCAAAUGCACCGGCUCAUCUUCCUCGGCACGCUCGUCUGCGCCAACUUCUGCAGCCAUCGGGGCGCUUGGGCCAGCGCGCAGAGCGCAUCCCUCAAAGCCCUGCGCAAGGCCAACCUCAGGCGAGAUGAGGGCAAUCACCUCACAGACUUGUACCGAAGAGAUGAAACCAUCGAGGUAACGGGCAACGGCCACGUGCAGAGUCCUCGGUUCCCCAGCAGCUACCCCAGGAAUCUGCUUCUGACCUGGCGGCUCCACUCCCAGGAGAAAACCAGGAUACAGCUCGCUUUUGACCAUCAGUUUGGAUUAGAGGAGGCAGAAAAUGAUAUCUGUAGGUAUGAUUUUGUAGAAGUUGAAGAUGUAUCAGAAACCAGUACAGUCGUUAGAGGCCGGUGGUGUGGACACAAAGAAGUUCCUCCAAGGAUCACAUCCAGGACAAAUCAAAUUAAAAUAACAUUCAAGUCAGAUGACUACUUUGUGGCAAAACCUGGAUUCAAGAUCUAUUAUUCUUUUGUGAAAGAUUUCCAACCUGUAGCAGCUUCAGAGAACAACUGGGAAUCAGUCACAAGCCCUAUCUCAGAGGUAUCCUAUCACUCCCCAUCAGUAACGGAUCCCACUAUCACUGCGGAUGCUCUGGACAAAACAGUCACAGAGUUUGACACUGUGGAAGAGCUGCUCAAGUACUUCAACCCAGAGUCAUGGCAAGAAGAUUUUGAGAACUUGUAUAUGGACAGCCCUCAGUAUCGAGGAAGACUCUACUACGGCCGGAAGUCAAAAGUGGACCUGGACAGGCUCAACGAUGAUGUCAAGCGUUACAGCUGCACCCCCAGGAAUUACUCCGUCAACCUCAGAGAGGAACUGAAGCUGACCAACGUGGUCUUCUUCCCCCGCUGCCUGCUGGUGCAGCGCUGCGGAGGAAACUGCGGCUGCGGAAUGGGCGUCAGCAACUGGAAGGCCUGCAGGUGCAGCUCAGGGAAGACGGUGAAGAAGUAUCAUGAGGUUUUGAGGAUCGAGCCUGGCUUUUUCAAGAGGAGGGGCACAGCUAGGAGCAUGGCGCUGGUGGACAUCCAACUGGAUCACCAUGAACGAUGUGACUGCAUCUGCAGUUCAAGACCUCCUCGAUAAGAGAACAUCAACAUCCUUACAUUAAGCACGAAAAAAACUUUAGUUUGAAGAGGAUUCGGUAAAGGGACCCUUUUCCCCCCAACAACCAAACUUGCUAGUUGCCUGCAAUGCAAUGAAAUCCAAGCGGUUGCCAAGGCAACCUAGCUUUGUUAGUGCCAUGGCAAGUAGAAAGGUCUAUUUACUUCUGUAUCAAGAAUAUAGCAUUGCAUUUAAUGAUAGUACAUGAGGAUAUAUAGGUAUACACAUGCCUAUAUAUAUCUAUGUUUGUGUGUGAGUAGAUAAAAUAGUUUAUUUAGUAUGCACAACCAGGUACAGCAUAUAGUUGAAUUAUUUACACCCCCUCUUUUUUUGCUGAAAUAAGGAAUGUGUCAAAUACACCAAACUAAUCUUGAGGAAUUUCAGAAGAGAAGUUUAUUUUUUAAAUUUUCAAUCAUAAAAUAUUUAAGAGUAUCUUGCACAUAAGGAAUCAAAAGAUGAGCUUUUCUUAUAUCAAUGCCUUAAUUUUAAGAAAGGGGAAAAACAUGGUUUGGGGAGAAAAGUAAAUAUACAACCAUUUUCCCCAUAAGAUGCAGUAUGAACCUACCAGCCUAGGCCACAAUUGCCUGUCUCCAAAAUGGUGCCACAAUAAUAGGAAUUUUUAAAGUCAUUUAAGUUUUCUUUUUAUGCAUCUUUAUUCAUUUAAUAGUCAUCUCUUAACAAAAAAAUCUCAGAAGUUUCCUUUUUUUAAGAUCUUUCAAGAGAUGAUGUAUAAGGUGGAACAGAAUUGUGGAUGUUUGUUUUUUCUUUCCAAAAUUUUCUCCACAAAAGCAAUCCUUUCACGAAUGUCCUGGGGAUUGUGAAUAUGUCUUUAAAAGUGGUAUUCAUUGAGAGUAAAAAGACAAAAAGAAGAAGAUGAAAAAGAAGAAGAUAAAGCAUUAAAAUAUCAACAUAACUGGAAAUUAGAUGGGAUAUUGGGUAGGGUCCAUGUUUAAUAAUGGAUUUGAACUCUUCAAAAUAUGCUGGUAAUUUCAUGCACUUUGCCUUUGUGUUCCUGUCUCCUCUGUAUGUGCACGUGGACUUACAAUAGCAUUUUGUAUUUGACAAGCCACAAUAGAUUAUUUAUAGCCUGAAAGCUUCUGGGCAGUAACAGAAAAACCAAAGUUUAUUGAUGUAACAUCGCUAAUCACACACUCACCAUUCAGAAUUCCUGUUUCUAAAGCAGGUGAAAUCAGAUCAGGGGUCUCUUUUUCCAAAUCUGUGGAGUUUUCAGCUCUCUGAGACAGAAGCCCAAGCUGGGCCCUGGUCUCCUGCUAGAAAACUGUUUUGCAUUACUUAUUGAUAUUUAGAGGAAAUUUUCCUCUCUGGCUCCUUCAUGUCUAUUGUAAAGAGACUGACUCCUGAAGUAGGAAGUGAUUCAUCAUUCUCUGUAGCAAGAUGCUGAAGGGCAAACAUGGAAACCAACGGAGCCAGGGGCUCCCUGGGAACUACAUUCCUGCCUUCUUUUGAGUCUGGGAUUCCACUGACCACAACACGUUUAUUCACAUGAUAUAUAUAUACCUGGGCUUGUUAAAUCCUUGAUGCCCAGAUGAGCAGCCUAAAACCACUUAAGUGGCUCAGGUUGAUGUUCUCCGAUCCAAAGCUAAUCACACUUGAGUAGCUUAUUUCUUCUCAGCUCUUGGAGGUGAGAGACUUGUGUUUAUUGGUGUAUACCUUCUAAAGUCUCUCUACAAGUGUCUGGUGUUUUUACUCAGGGUGUGAGUGUUCAAAUUAAAUAUUCCAUUGUUUAAUUCUCCAGAAUCACAGAGCACACUCAGAAAUAGCCCAAGCAGAUACUACUCAUCAGGAACCAGUCUUUCCCUUCCAGGCCACUUAUAAGUUUCCUGUGAAAAAUGUCAGUUUCCUGAACCACGCCAUCACUCACUAGUUUGUACAGCUCUCAUCACAGCUCUAAAUAUGAAAAAGUGCGCUACCCAAUUUUCAAGAUGCCUUCCAGACUGCAAUAACCAGAAUGGUUCUCAGUUGAAGCCCUCUUUUUACUUUGUAUUUAUUAGAUGAAAUAUAAGCAGACAUUAUCUACUCACUUUUGCAUCCCUUUUCUGAGUGUUUUAUUAAAACUUCUCCCUUGGUUAUCGGUUAUCAUACUUUGAACAUGUAGCCAAUAAAUGUGUUUUGUUGCCAUCAAAGGCAUAAAAAAGCCAUUUUACAAAUUUCAUUUUGAAACAAACCCUAAUAAAUCCCCAUUAGUGCCCAGCUCAGCCACAUGGAAUAAUGACUUUAUGCAAUAUGUCCUUACAGGGAAGAAGACUUUCAGAAGUGAAGUUUUUAUGGUGUUUUUUUUUGUCGUAUCAGUAACAUGCAGCCUUUUCCUCUCAUAGCUUUUUCUAUAGCAAAUGUAAUAUGCCUCUUAUCUUCAUGAAAAAUAAAUAUUGCUUUUGAACGAAAAGACUCCAUUAUUUAGUACUCAAUUGUAGUUGUAAAAGGUGUACCACAUUAUAAAAGUACUUUGGCAAACACGACCAAGUCUUUGGGAAUGCCAAGAUCUGAUGAUUU